CGGGGUGAAAGGAGGGUCCCAGUAUUUUUCUUACCCCAACAAUCCUCGCAGGAGAGGUGCUGAGAGCAACAUAGAUGGACAGCCCAAAAAGGUUCGGAAGGUGCCUCCUGGACUCCCCUCCUCGGUGUAUCCAUCCAACUCAGGUGAUGACUACAGCAGGGAUCCAGCUGGAUAUACUCCCUCGAAACCUCCCAGCACUGUGUAUCCCGGAGCCUUUUAUAUGGCAGAUGGGCUCCAUAACUCACCAGACCUGUGGAGUUCACCAGGUGCCAUGAGCCAGUCGAGUUACGGUGCCAUGCUGGGCAGCUCCUCCUCUCCACUCCCGCAGUCCAGCGGCUUCAACAGUUUACAUCAGCACGAACGCAUGAACUACCAGCUUCAUUCAGGAGAGGUUAACGGCGGACUCCCCUCUGUGUCUGGCUUCUCCUCUGCCUCCACGCCAUACGGGGUCUCCAGUCACACGCCCCCGAUCAGCGGGACAGACAGCAUGAUGGGUAACAGAGGAACCACGGCUGGGAGCUCAGGAGACGCGCUCGGGAAGGCACUAGCUUCAAUUUAUUCCCCCGAUCACUCUAGCAAUAACUUCUCAUCAAACCCCUCGACACCGGUCGGUUCCCCUCAGGGGCUUGCAGGCACGGCGCAGUGGUCGCGAGCGAGCGGACAAGGUGCCUUAUCUCCCAGCUACGAAGGGAGCCUCCACACUUUACAAAACAAAAUGGAAGACAGGUUGGACGAAGCCAUUCACGUGCUGAGGAAUCACGCCGUGGGCCAGACAGCUGCCAUGCCGAGCAACCACGGGGACAUGCACGGGCUCCUGGGCUCAGCACCGGCCCACAGUGCCACCGUGGGCAGCCUGGGCCAGGCCUUCCCCGCCUCGGUCAUGUCCCUGGGGAACAGGCACCCGAGUCUGGUGGGAGGAGGUCACCCUGAAGACGGGUUGUCCAGCAACCCCAGCAUGCUCCACAACCAUGUCACACUUCCGUCACAGCCCAGCUCACUCCCUGACCUCAGCAGGCAGCAGGACACGUACACCGGCUUGUCAGGGGGGCUGGGGCGAAGCAGUGUCUCCUCGGGAACCAGCGAAAUAAAGAGGGAAGAGAAGGAGGACGAGGAGAACACGUCAGUGGCAGACAACUCGGAAGAGGAGAAGAAAGAGCUGAAACCCUCCCGGAACAGAACAAGGUGCUCUUUGAACAGCAGUACAGACGAGGCCUUGUCACUGGAGGACAAAGAUCUGAGGGACCGGGAGAGGAGAAUGGCCAAUAACGCCAGGGAAAGGGUGCGUGUGCGGGACAUUAACGAGGCCUUUAAAGAACUGGGACGCAUGUGUCAGAUGCACUUAAAAACGGACAAAGCACAGACCAAACUGAUCAUCCUACAGCAAGCGGUGCAGGUCAUUCUGGGCCUGGAGCAGCAAGUACGAGAGCGCAAUCUGAACCCUAAAGCAGCCUGCUUGAAGCGUCGGGAAGAGGAGAAAGUGUCCGGAGUAGUAGGAGAUCCCCAGAUGACACUUUCAGCUUCACAUCCUGGUCUAGGAGAUGGUCACAAUCCUGUUGGACACAUGUAAAGAUCUUUUUGUUCCUCUGGAUAGAGAGAUCUGUAGGAAGAAAACCCUCGGUGUGACCUGCAACCUUCUUGAACCAUAAACUUUAGUACUGCUAAUACUGACACACGUGGACAGAUCCUGGCAUGACGUAAGGGGUGGAAAAAAAGAAACCACUUUGUCAAAAACAAAAUGAAAACAAAAAAAAUUGCCUUAAGUAUAAAGUGCGGAACAGUCAAUACAUAUCACUCAGUUAGGAGGGGGUGGCGUGUUCUCUUGGCUUGUUCACAAGCAGCCAGCAGCAAAAUUGUGCCUAAGCUUGAUAUUUCUUUUUUU